CUACUCUGAGCGGGGUCAAAUGGGCCCUCGGUGUGAAGAGGCCACCGCGCAAUUGGUGAGCUAGAGACGUACUGAGCAUGCAGAACGCUGGAGCCUGGAGGGACUAGCCUAUUACCUAGUAUAGGGCUUUACUUGCAUCUGGAGAGGGACUGCGAGCUGCAGCAUUGCACCGUGCGUUUUGCCAACGAGCUGAUUGUGCGUGUUGCCUCUAAAUCGUCAAUCGGUUGGCUUCAUGGGCAACGAGGCAACCGAUGACGAUAUGGGGGUGAGAGGUGGGCGGGCGGCGCCAAACAUCUUGGUCACUGGUACCCCCGGCACUGGCAAGACCUCGCUGUGUCACCAGCUGGCGGCAUCUGUUCCCCUUCAGUACAUCAACAUAGGGGACCUGGUCAAGGAGAAGGAGCUGCACGAUGGCUGGGACGAGGAGUAUCAGUCCUGGAACUUGAACGAGGACAAGCUGUGCGACGAAUUGGAGGACCGAGUGGCCGAGGGUGGCUGCCUUUUGGACUACCACGGCUGCGAGCUCUUUCCCGAGCGCUGGUUCGAUCUCGUGGUGGUGCUGCAAACCGACAACUCGGUUCUCUACGAUCGGCUCGUAGCCAGGGGGUACUCAGGUAGGAAACUGGAGGACAACAUGGAGUGCGAGAUCAUGCAAGUCAUUCUCGAAGAGGCGCGGGAGAGCUACGAGCACAGUAAAGUGCUCGCCCUUCCGAGCAACUCCGUAGAGGACAUGGAACAGAACGUCGAGACGAUCUCGCAAUGGCUAAAGUCGUGGAAGAGCAACCCGUCAUGAUUCGAAGCAAAGUCGAAUGGUGAGAAAGACAGCGAAUAGUUAGAGUAAUCCCGAACCCGUCAAAUCAUUCUUCUGAUGAUGAAGCAACAAUUCCAAGGUUCUUCAAUUAAGUUGGAGCCGCCAGGACCCGUAUCACAGGAGCAGUCUUGUAGAUGCAACCUCGUGUCGGCGGCACCAGACCGUCACCACUCCAAAGCUGUGCUUGGAAAGAUUUAGGGUCAAGGGCAUCAUGAUCUCAAUCUCUGGUACGCGUUGAGCUAGCGCGACCUAGUAUGCACCGUUAGCAGAAUUCAGUGAAUGAUUAUUGCAACGC